GCCAGAGUGACUAUUGUUUUCCGCCAUUCCCGGAGCAGGAGGUCUGUGUGUGCUCUACGUCGGCUGUCUCCGGCUGCUAACUACUUGGGCUCAAAGUCAAACCCAGCUUUGACCGCUGGAAGCUGUGUGGUACAAACGGGGCAGGGGGGCCGCUCAUGUGAAGAUCUUGUGGACCAGAUGACCAUUCCCGGACUUCACCGGUCUAAAUUAUCAAAUAUGAGGAUACGCACGGGACGAGCAGCCCUACUUGACACGGACACAACAGAUUGGCGACGGCCAACCAAGGCUGCAGCCGAGCCAAGUGCUACACAGUACAUAUACGCAUUCGCAGAGAAGUGUUGAAACGUACAAGAAUCGUAUAGGCGCGCACCCUUGGCUUCGCCUGGGCGCUCCGGAGGCUAGCAC